AUGAUCUCUAACAACGAGUUAAAACUUGCCAGUUGCAAGCAUAAAUCAAAAAAAAAAAAAAGAUCACGGAGUAGAAAUAGAUCACGCACACCAAAACGACAUAAAAAGUCUAGUCGGUCAUGUUCAAAUAGUAGUAAGGAUAGGUAUUCAAGACAUGAUUUAAAAAAUCAUCAAACUAAUUCAAAGAACCAAAGUGACUCUAACACCAAGUAUAGGAACAAUGAUAGUGAUAUUAAAUCAAAAGAAAARAGCAAAAGUCGUAAAAGAUCUAUUACACCAGAUAAGCAUUCAAAAUUAAUUAGAUGUUCAAGAUCAAGAGAUAGUAAAAAGUCAAAGAGAUCAGAAGAUUAUAAUAGAACAAGAAAAGAACCAAUAUCUAGAGAAAUUUCUAGGUCUAGACAUAGAUCUCCUUCAUGUGAAAAAAUAGAUAAAAAAAAACUAUUUAAAAUUGCUCGUAAAAAUGCCUUAUCUCUAGUGCAACAAGGUGUAUUACCAGUGGGAAGUGUAAAAAAAGAAAAUGUAGCCAAUGUACCCACCAAAACUGUAGAUGAACUAACAGAUUUUUGUCGUAAACUUUCAAAAAAGGAUAAAGAUCAUGAAGAUUCUUCUUAUUCUUCUGAUGAUGACGAGUUCAAACAACCUUUUCACCAUCCAUUUUUGGUCAAGGAAAGACCUAAUAUAGUCAUGAAUAUUAGAAAUGCAACUCAAUUACCUACUAAAUCCUUUCAAGAAAAAACUAUUGGACAAGAUAUAUUGAGACAACAGUUUCCUGUAUCCAGUGGUCAAACUCAUAGUUUAGCUCUUACUGAAUGGAUGCCCAUAGGUMCUGAGGAAUCUGCAAAAUUAAAUAAAAUACUUAAACCUGAUGAAGGAAACAAACUUCCUAACAAAUCACAUCAUAAUCAUCAUGCUCCAAAAGUUGCUGCCGUGGAACCUGUUAUUCAGCCUGUUUCUAGUCCAAACAAUGCUAUAGUACCUAUGGAUUAUCAGUAUGUGUCACCUGCUGUUGAAACUCCAGCAAUCACACCUUAUGCACAUGGCAGCUAUUCAUUGUUGUCGUUUGAAACUGGACAAUUCACUGGUCAUACUGGUGCUAAAGUACUAACCCCUGCAGAACUAUCUGCUGGAUUUCAAACCUGGGUGAAAAAGGCAGUAUUACUUGUGUUUAACAUAUUUAAGCGCUAUAUCAACAACACCACAAUCGAACGAUGGUUCGUCUGCUGAACAUUCACGGGAUAUCUGAUGCAGCCCCUUGGUAAUUUUAAUAGAUACUUGAAUGUAUGCACUUUAACAGUGGGUACAUUUACAGUAUUUAGUUAAUUUUAUUUUAAAAUGGAAACAAAGAUUUGAAAAUACUUAACAUGUAUUUUUGUAAGUAUUAAAAUUAAUAAAUGAAAAUACAUCAUUAUAUGGAUUUUAAUGAUCAUCCAGUUCUACACAGAUAUGUUUUACCGAAAACAAUGCGGC